AUGGAGCCGAGCUGUGCAAACCUUGGAACGGAGCUGAUAUUCCAGGCACGGCACGAUCGGGCCGACGCCCCCAUCCCUACUAUCCUUGCCAUCCCUACCUUCUCCAGCCCCAUGGCAGUCAGCAGCCCUAGUUCUGGCCUGGCCCAGCCCCCAGCACCAUUCCCAGGCUGGCCAGGGCCCCGACCCCCGGCCCUGGCCAGCUCCCCAGUCGCGCAGGGCUCGGCACCCCAAACACAAGCAACCCCCAGCCGCAGAAAUGCACCCAGAGGGCUAAGCACUCCUGGGUGGCAGGGGAAAAGCCCAGACGCCGGCCAGGGGGGUGCUGGCUGGCCGCGGCGGCCGGCCGGCCGGCUUUGUGUGCGAGGUGUGCGAGCCCGCUGCGGGUGGGUCUGUCUGUCCUUCGGCUUGGGUACAUACAGCGGUGGUGGACCAGGACAGCUGGAAGCCCGGGGAUGCCCGCAGUCAGGCCCGAAGGCAGCCCGCCCGUGGAGCGGCCGGGCUCCUCGGGCUCCUCCCUCCUCCUCCUCCGUACGGCGGUCUCGGCGGUCUCCCCGGCUCCGGCUCCGGGAGAGAGCGAGAGAAAGCGCCAGUGGCCGGCCCCACCUCCUCGAGAAGGCUCCCGGGCAGCGCAGGCUGCGGGCGGAGCUUCCCCGGAGGCGGCUCGGGAGCAGCGGCUGGGGAGGGGGCGCGAGCCUCCCGGCCCUAGGGGCUGGCCCUCCUCAGUCACCUCCUGGGGAGGGGUUCCCCCCGCAGCCCCAGCCCCCAGCCCCCCGACCCGCCUGGUCCAGGCCAAGCAGCGAAAAGCAAACUUUUCCUUCCCCCCGACCCCCAGCAAAGGGCUGGGUCUGCCAAGCGAGGGAGCGGAGGGGGUGGCCGGGCGUGGGGGUCGCGGGGGGCUCCGGUUCCGUUCUGCGGGGAAGGAGCCCCGGGCAGCGGCCGAGGCCCACCCCCUCCUCCGCGCCCGCUCCUCCCACUGCGCUGGCUCCGGAGUUAGGUCACCACGGCAGCCCCCCGUGCGCGGCCACCCCCGGGGGCACCUCCGAGCCCCGGGUCGGGGGCUCGAGCCUCCGCCACCGGCCGGCCCCGGUUCCUGCCUCCGCCCGCAAAGCCCCCGGGAACCGAGCCGGUGACAAAGCAGCUGGCCAGCCCGCCGGCCGGAUGGCCGCCUCCCCACUCCCCACCCCCACCCCCGGCACACGCGAGACCGCGCCGGGGCCCGUCCCCGGGACCCGAGAGAAGCGCGCCCCGCGAGCCGGCUGCGGGGGCCAAGCGGGCCGGGGCUGCCCGUCCUCCGCCCUGGGCCGCCGCAGUCCCCCCGCGCGGGCCCUCCAGCCCUGCUUCCACACCCCACGCGGAGAAGCAGCGGAGCAGAGCCCGCCCCGGCGCGCGGCUGCGGGGCUCCGCCGCGGGCGCAGCCGGCUCGCUCGCCCCAGCCGGGGACCCCUCCGUGCCGCCCCUCGCCUCGCCUCGCUCUCCCGCACGCACACGCACACGCGCGGCCCGGGGCCGUUCCGAGGCUGCCCGAGGCUCGUCCCCGCACUUGGAGCGCCGAGCCGGAGCCCCGAGCCCGGUACGUCCAGACCCCGCUCGGUCCCGCGUGCCCGGCGCCCGCCUCGGCCGCCCGUGGGCUCGCCCGACGAGGGGGCUCCCCGCCCCUCGCCCCCCUACCUUGGCCGCCGGGAGCCCGGCACGCCAGGGGAGCCACGCGGGGAAGGCAGGCGCGGGCGGAGCGGAGCGGAUCCCGAUCCCACCCCCGCCGCCGCCGAGCCGAGCCGCAGCCCCGCAGAAAAGUUCGCCUCUGGGCAGCACUUACAGCCGCGAUCCGGGCUCGCCACGAAGGGGCCGGCCAUGCUCACAUUCCGCGCCGCCGCCGUCGCCGCCGCCGCCGCCUCGGGCCGCCCCCCUCCCCGCCUGUGCCAGCGCUCGGGCUCCCGUGCCUGCACGCCGCCGCUGCCCAGCAUGAAUGGAGGGGAAGGAAUGCAGCGCGGGGCUCCGAGGGAACCAGAGCCUCGCUCUGACUUCCCGGGGCGCGCGCUCCCCGCCCGCACGCACGGGGAGGAGCCGCCGCGCCGCCGCCAGCCUCUAGGGGGCGCCCCGACCUCUGCCCGACUCCGGAGCCGGCCAGGCAGCGCAGCCUUAAAAGGGCGAUGGUGA